GACGGAAGUGGGCGGCGGGAGCCCUGUGUUGUUCGAUUUGCAGAGCGUGGAAUGGAGGAGAAGGAUGAACAUAGAGAAUCCAACAGCAUCAGGGUAUGCGGUAUGCAAUUCGCAUACGAAGGGCAAACUCCGCUCUUCGUUGAUUUCAAUCUCAAUAUCUCUCCUGGAUCUCGCUGCCUUCUCGUCGGCGCCAAUGGAUCUGGGAAGACUACAUUGUUGAAGAUUCUAGCAGGAAAGCAUAUGGUGGGGGGAAGAGAUGUUGUGAGAGUGCUAAAUCGUUCAGCUUUUCAUGACACUCAACUGGUCUGUAGUGGUGAUUUGGCUUAUCUGGGAGGAUCUUGGAGCAAAACUGUUAGCAGUGCUGGAGAGAUUCCACUCCAGGGAGACUUCUCUGCAGAACACAUGAUAUUUGGAGUUGAAGGGAUUGAUCCUAUUAGGAGAGACAGGUUAAUUGAGCUUCUUGACAUUGAUUUACAGUGGAGAAUGCAUAAAGUAUCUGAUGGGCAACGUCGUCGAGUCCAAAUCUGCAUGGGUCUUCUUCAUCCCUUUAAGGUUCUUUUACUAGAUGAGGUUACAGUGGACCUUGAUGUUGUUGCUAGGCUGGAUUUACUUGAUUUCUUUAAGGAAGAAUGUGAACAGAGAGGAGCCACAAUUGUAUAUGCAACCCAUAUUUUUGACGGGUUGGAGACGUGGGCAACACAUCUGGCAUACAUCCAAGACGGUGAACUGAGGAGGGUGGAGAAGUUGACACAAAUUAAUGAGUUGAAAAAUUCAGCCAAUUUACUUUCUGUUGUUGAAUCCUGGCUACGUUCUGAAACGAAGUUUGAGAAAAAGAGACCAGUCAACAACCCUGCUCAAGUCCAAAAGAGUUCACCAUAUGGUGCUUCUCCUUUCAUGUCAUCUAGGCACAUGGCAUACUACCGUUGAUCUCUCCCAAUUCAGCUAUUUUUCCAAUCAUAUUCAAAUUCAAAUCCUGAUGCAAAAGAAAACUUGGCAAAGCUUUCUAUAGCUGGGUAGGGGCUGUUUUAAGUUGGGGGAUUCCUCUCUUUCAGAAGCUCCUUUAUGUGAGGAUAUUGUACCCGGCCUUAUGAUCAACCUUUAGCAAAUACAGUGUUCUGAGCUUUGCACCUUUUUAGGAUACCAAUGAGAUUUAUUGAUUGAAAUCAGGAUGUAUGGUUGUAGCUUUUUGAGCCGGUUUGCUACAGGGAUGAACUCUUGGUCUAAUAAUCUGCUAAUGGCAGACAAUGUCGUAAGCUCCUUUUGGGGUUUAUCAAUUAUCAUGAAAAAUGACUGUUAAAUUUUUAUGUG